UGUGUCAACCACUGAACUUUCUUCAAGCAUUCAACCUGUCAUGUCCUUGUUUUCCAAAGUCGUGCGCGCCAUGCGCAAAAUUGCUCCUUUAGAACUGGCAGACCAGUCGUGGGAUAAUGUUGGUAUUUUGGUGGAACCGCCUUAUCCUUCCCCAAAAUUCAACAAAGUAUUUCUCACGAUCGAUUUGACACCCCAAGUUUUGGAAGAAGCACUUUCCGAUCCUAAAGUGGGGACCAUUGUGUCGUAUCAUCCACCCAUUUUUAGAGCCAUGAAACGCUUGACGCAAUCGGAUGUCAAACAAGAUAUUGUGAUGAAAGCAAUUGCUCGUGGGGUCGGCAUCUAUUCGCCUCAUACCGCCUGUGACAACUGUGUAAACGGAGUCAAUGACUGGCUUGCAAGUGGACUUGGCAAAGGCGUGGUUGAACCCAUUAUUGCAACUGAAAAUCCUCCGGAAGGUCAAGAGAAUUCAGGUACCGGGCGUCUGUUUGUCUAUGAUGAACCCACUUCUUUGGGAACCGUCAUUGCCCGUGUGAAAGAGCUGACAGGACUUUCUCAUGUGCGAGUGGCUACGGCCGAACCCCAUAUGCAGAAAGGACAGGAUUUGAUCAAAACCGUGGCUAUUUGUGCUGGUUCGGGUUCAUCCGUCCUGAACCCCGUCAAGGCCGAUCUUUACUUUUCGGGUGAAAUGGGCCACCACGAUGUUCUCGCUGCAUUGGCUCAAGACACCAGUGUCAUCCUCUGCGAACACUCAAACACGGAGCGUGGUUAUCUGUCGGCCGUCCUGCAACCAGCAUUGCAAAAGGCUUUAGCCAAUGAAAGCUCCGAGGAAGGUGAAGCCAUCGAAAUCAUUGUCAGCAAACUUGAUAAAGAUCCGCUUCAAAUCGUGUAAAAAGAAGAAAGAAAACAAAAAUCGUGUAUUAUAAAGG